UUUAAUUUUGAAUCAGAAAUGGCAGUAGCAAUUCCAUUGAUGUAUUUUACUUGCAGGCGUCGAUGGUGGCGCCACACUGGAAUCCAAUGGCAACUGAGAUAGCAAUAGUUUUAGAAGGACAAGGGAUUGUAAGGGUGGUUUGUUCAAGAAAUUUAAAUGAAACAGAGUGCAAAAAUAGGAGGUUCAGUGUUAAAGAAGGAGAUGUCUUUGCUGUACCUAGAUUCCAUCCUAUGGCUCAAAUGUCUUUCAACAAUGAUUCAUUUAUUUUCAUGGGAUUUAGCACAUCAACAAGGAGAAAUUAUCCUCAAUUUCUAGCUGGGAAAAGCUCAGUCCUCCAAACUUUGAACAGCCACAUCUUGGCCAUGUCCUUCAAUGUCACUAACACAACCAUUGAUGAGCUCUUGACUCCUCAGGAAGACGAAAUCAUAUUGGAGUGCACGUCUUGUGCUGAGGAAGAAGAUGCGAUAAUGAAGGAAGAAACCGAAAGAGAAAGACAGGAAGAGGAAGCUAGGAAGAGAGAAGAAGAGAAAAAACGAGAGGAAGAGAAAAGAAGAGAAAAGGAAGAAGCAGAGAGAGAGGAAGAGAAGGCAAGGGAAAAGGAAAAAGAAAGGGAGAGAAAAGAAAAGGAAAGAAAGGACAAAGCACAAAAACAAGCAGAAAAAAGGCAAAGAAAGGAAAAGAAAAGACGAGAAGCAGCAGCAAGAAAGGAGAAAGAACAGGCCAGGCGAGAGGAAAUAGAAAAACAAAGGGAAGAAGAAGAAGCUACGAAGGAGAGGAAAAGAGAACAACAAGGAGGUGAAGGCCGUCAUAAAGAAAAGAAACAGAGAAGAGAACCAGAGGAACAAGGAACCAGAGAACAAGAGCAAGAGCAUGAAGGUAGUGGUGACCGAGGAAGAACAGCUGCAAGAAAAGUCUGGAAGCUUUAACGGGAGACACAAUAGCUGCAUUCACAAUCCUCGGUCAUUCUCUCCAUAGUUGUGGCAAUAAAAGCUCCUAGGCUAUGCCCUGUUUUCCAGCUUUUUAAUUCCUUAAUAAGCUCUGCGAUCUAUGCUUGAAAUUUAGACAUCAUGUGCACCAUGUAAUGAGCUUAGAUCAUUCUUUCUAUGUGGAUUUGGACAUUGGUGCUUUCGUGUAAAAUAAAUUUUGGAAUCCAUGUUCGUUUCUCAUGUUUGUGAAAUAAGCUCUGCAAUGCUAAUC